UGGGAGUGCUAGGGAGUGCGAGGAGUGGCAGGGUGAAUGUCGUCAUGUCUCUCUCUCUUGUCUAUUGUCUGUAGUGAUGUGAUGAUUGUGAUGAAAUGUACAAAAUUUUAAAAAAAUGAAAUCUCAUGUUCAUAAAGUGAGGUGAAAAGAAACUAGAAAGGCACUGAACAUUCAACGCAAUGAUAAUUAAUUGUUUAAUCCGUAAACCGUUGUUGAAAUGUUUCAUCAAUAAAAAUUUCAGAGCAGUAACUCCGUAUUGUUCAUCGAGUCAACAUCCAGGACAGAAAAGCCGAGAUAUUACUCUUCGAUUCAAGUUAACUGACGAAACCACUCGUUUAUUGGAAAAAUUAGCUUUGGUAAAUUUUGAAAAUCACCGAAAUGUGAAUGUUGUUGAAUCGGCAAUUGAAUUCGCUAACAGUAUCAAUUCAGUAAACACUGAUAAUAUAGAACCUUUAGUCACCGUGCUGGAAAAUCGAUACUUGAAACUGCGAGAAGACUUGGUUACUGAUAAGAAUCUAAAGGAACAAGUUCUUCAGAAUGCUGCUAUUGUAGAAGAAGAUUAUUUCGUCGCUCCGCCUGGAAAUAUACCAGUGAAUUUGCAAAGUUUAAAAAGUUCAUAGUUGUUACAAGAUGUCUAAUUUUAUUACUAAA